AUGGAGGCAGUGAAGAGGUGGAGGUCUGGAUGGAGGUAUCCCACAACUCUGCUGUGCACCUAUGGAUUUUUCAGCACAGUUAAACCGCUGGAGCCGUUUCUCAUCCCAUACUUGACAGGACCGGACAAGAAUCUGACAGCUGAAGAGGUUAGCAAUCAAAUCUUCCCAGUGUGGACAUACUCCUACCUGGCUGUGCUGGUGCCAGUGUUCCUACUGACCGACUGGCUGCGUUACAAGCCUGUCGUGGUGUUCCAGUCUGUUGUGCUCUUCAUCACUACAGCACUGCUGCUGUGGACAGAAAGCGUGCUGGCCAUGCAGGUCAUGCAGUUCUUCUACGCGAUGGUGACAGCCAGCGAUGUGGCCUAUUUCUCCUACAUCUACAGUGUGAUAGAUCUGAAGAGAUACAGGAAGGCCACGUCCUACAGCCGCAGCAUCCAGCUCCUGGGCUACACAGUGGGUUCUGUGCUGGGUCAGCUGCUCGUCAGCUUUGACCUCAUGUCCUACAGCAACAUCCUGGUGUUUACCCUGGUUCUCACCGCUAUCGCUCUCCUCACUUCGUUCUUCCUGCCAAUGCCACAGCACAGCAUGUUCUUUCACCGGAGACAUCUUAGACAGAAAACAGCAAUGGAGGGAACCGAGAGGCACGGAGACGGGACUGUGGAUGCAAUGGAACGCUCAAGCAGAUCAAACAUCUCUUUGGAAGAAGUGGGAGGUGAAAAGGAGGGCAAAGGAGACAUGGAGGAUGAUACAGAAAAAGGACUGGAGGAAAAAGGGCCUACGGCUGAGGACCUUGAGGGAACUGUUGGCGCAGAGACCUGCAGCCAAGUCCUCCUGCAGCUUUGGAGAGAUUUCCGUCAGUGCUAUUCCUCCAGGCAGCUGCUCUACUGGUCAGUGUGGUGGGCAAUGGCCACUUGUGGCUAUAACCAGACUGUCAACUAUGUGCAGGUGCUGUGGGAAAAUGUGCAGCCUUCUCAGAACUUCAGCAUUUACAACGGAGGCGUGGAGGCGGUGUCUCACCUGUUGAGUGCAGCUACAGCGUAUGGUAUAGGCUUCACUGAGGUGAGAUGGGAGCAGUGGGGAGAGCUGGCCCUGGGAGGUUUCUCAGGACUCGGAGCUGCAGCACUGUUCGUCAUGACAUUCAUCGGCAACAUCUGGGUCUGCUACUGUGGAUACGUCAUUUUUAAGAGUCUGUACAUGCUGCUGAUAACAAUAGCCAUGUUUCAGAUUGCAACUGGCCUAUCAAUGGAAAGAUACGCACUGGUGUUUGGGGUAAACACCUUUGGAGCACUGAUCCUUCAGACAAUUCUUACUUCUAUUGUGGUGGACAGCAGAGGGCUGAGCCUGUCCAUCAUUCCUCAGUUCACCAUAUAUGCCAGCUACUUCUCAGCCAUUGCUGUUGUUUUUACACUUCGUGGACUAUUUCGCAUUUGGAGCUCUAAGAGAACCAAAAGAGAGACACCUCCUUCAGAUGAAAAUGAAUCGUCAGGUUCUGGAGAACACAGAUUCUGAAGCUCAAGACACUUCAAACUGAAAUUAAGGGGUUGUGUUUUUGGGGCCGAACUGCAGCCCCAUGUCAAUUGUAAAUGAAAAUGGGAAAAGCUUCAAAUUACUGCCACAUCGUGAACAGAAAUGUUUUCUUUUUUUUUUUUUUAUAUAUAGACAAAACAAUUAUACAAGAUUUUUCAUACAUCCAUAUAAAUGAAUACUUUGGUCGUUUCUUCUUACUUAAAAUUCAUUUUAAUAUAUAUACUGUAUAUAUUUACACAUUAACUUAAAAUUCUCUAAUACCCAAUGUAAGUGGUUUUUCAGUUCAUCAGCAAUUCCUGUUACCCAUAUACAUGUGGUUGACCAUCAUUCAAAAGUGUUGCAACCUAAGUCUCCGUCAGCAGGGCGGGGGAUGGCAGAGAAAUUAGUCCCCGACUCGUCCCUGAUGCAGCAUUCACUCCUUUUUUUUCCCCAUCUCUCAACAACUGAA